AUGGCUGCAAAUGGUACGCACCUCAUCAGCCCUUCAGCAGCCACGCGGUCAAUCUCAUCACCCACGACGCACGGCAAUGGCACUUUCGCCGUUUCCGCCGAAACUCUCCCCUCCUUCGGUCGACCAGACUUUAUUAACUCUCAUUCCCAAGGCAAUCACUACCCGCCAAGCCAAAACGGCGCCUCUCCAAACUGGAACCCUGCGGCCCUUCUGCAGCCCCAUCGCAGAACACAGAGCGGAUUCCAGCCUUCUCGCUCGGGAAAUCCCAGUGCUCCCACGUCUCCUUUCCUAGGCCCAAGAGAAGUUCUGCCCGCCAGGGCCAGUACUCCGCUUGUAUUCCAGUUCGAUAGCAGGCAUGGCAGUCCUUCUGCCGGCCCGUCAAGCCAGGCUUCGACGCCGUCCAGUGAUACCCCGGGUGCUAACGGCCAGGGGCAGUGGAUUGAGCGGAUGAAUAACGUUCAAAACCGGCCAGAUGUUCCUCAGCCCAAGAGACGCAAAACCGAAGAUGGCCAGGACUUUCAGUUCAGGACUAAUGUUCCUGUGCGCAGCAGUAGUGGGGUCUUUGGAGACUAUGUUAGAGACAUGCAGUACAAAGCUAGGAUCAGUGCUGCUCCAGCAGCCCGGUCUAUGACUGUCGAUUUAACUGAGGGCAAUGAUGACGAGGCGACUGUGGUCGAGGACCCUAGAGACGAAGAAGUCUGCUAUGGAAUGGUGCAGACCAGCUUGAAUUGCUCAAAGGUCCCAUCGCCAAAACCCGGCACUAAGAGUAUUUUUGGCGAGGGGUUCAAUCCGGCCAUCAAAAUUGUUCUCAAGCGCCAAGUAGGGGAUAAGACGAACAAAAUCCAGGCUUACGACCACACAAGAGAUAUCAUUGGCUUGGUUGACGCCUCUAGUGCAGCUGCAUUGUCUCCAUUGCUGGAUUCCAAUAUUCGAAUGAGGACUGACUGCCGCAUUCAACAACGUAAGAAGGAGCCUGGUGAAGAACCAGGCCAACCCGCGUCGAGAUCUUAUCCACUAGACGUGGUAGUCUAUGGUCGGAUCAGAUACUCCAAAAGCGUGGGGAACUGGUUGGGCAAGCAUAAGCUUAGGCUCAUCGCCCCCUAUCUGGUGCAAAAAGGCAUUCGUGUUCACAAUCCGCACGUGGUUGAAUACCGCCCACCCCCACCAAAAGUUUAUAAUCCCGAAAUGAACGGUUCCUUGGUUAGUUCUUCAACACGGACUGUGGAGGAAAUGCGUUCUGAGGUCAUGGGUGUCUUUGACUCGCUGACCCGCAGUGAGGACCUCCCGUUGAGGGAUCCUCAUCCAAUCAUCACCACUCCACUACUUAAGCAUCAAAAGCAAGGCUUGGCCUUCAUGAUGACGAGAGAAGAAACUAGAACUAAUGAGCCGGGAGACAAUGCCAUGGUUUCCUUCUGGCAGACAAAGAUAGCACCCAACUACGAGAAGAGAUACUACAACGUCAUUACCCAACAAACUCAAAGAGAGCCGCCCCCAGAAACUCGUGGCGGUAUCCUAGCUGACAUGAUGGGUCUGGGAAAGACCCUUAGCAUAUUAUCUCUCAUAGCUAGUUCAUCUGCAUCUGCGACACAUUGGGAGAGCCUCCCACCUCAACAGCCGACAGCCCCAGAGACCAAGCCUUCCAGACAGGAUGUCUUGGCCUCCCAGGCAUCAUUGCAACUCACGCCUCUUUUGCGAAACGCCAAGACAACUUUGCUCAUCUGUCCUCUGAGUACCGUAACAAAUUGGGAGGAGCAGAUCAAACAACAUGUUCUCCCCGACAGCCUCUCGUAUCAUAUUUAUCAUGGGUCGAACCGAAUCAAAGAUCCCGAGAGGCUUGCUUCCUUUGACAUUGUCAUCACAACGUAUGGGUCAGUCUCAAACGAGCUCAGCGCUCGGAACAAGGGCAAAGACGGAGUCUACCCCCUGGAGCAGAUCGGUUGGUUCCGUAUCGUUCUGGAUGAGGCGCAUAUGAUUCGUGAACAAGCGACGCUGCAAUUCAAGUCAAUUGUUCGCUUGCAAGCAGACCGGCGUUGGGCUGUCACAGGAACGCCUGUUCAAAACCGUUUGGAGGACCUGGCUUCCCUGCUGGCCUUUCUUCGUCUGUCUCCGUUCGAUCACCGCGGCAGAUUCACCCGUUACAUUGUCGAGCCUUUCAAAGCCCUUGAUCCCGAAGUUGUGCCAAGGCUUCGGAUUCUUGUCGACACAGUUACGCUACGACGUCUCAAGGAUAAGAUCAAUCUGCCGCCAAGGAAGGAUUUGGUGGUCAAACUGGAAUUCAGCCCUGAGGAACGUGCCAUCUACGACUUGUUUGCCAAAAACGCACAGGAUCGCGUCAAAGUUCUCUCAGGAUCUCAUGAUGGCCACGUCUUGGGUGGCAACACCUAUAUUCAUAUCUUAAAGGCUAUUCUGCGUCUACGACUUUUGUGUGCGCAUGGGAAAGAUCUUCUCAACGAAGAGGAUCUCAAGUCGCUCCAGGGAAUGUCUGCUGAUAUGGCCAUCGAUAUCGAUGAUGACAACGACGAAAAGCCAGCUCUAUCAGAUGCCAAGGCGCACGAAAUGUUUGCUCUUAUGCAGGAAACCAAUAAUGAUGCCUGCAUAGACUGUAGCAAGAAAUUGGGUACAAAUGAGGGAGCUAACCUCGACUUGGAGGGGCAAGAGGAUGUUCUAGGUUACAUGACGCCCUGCUUUCAUGUGAUUUGUCGAGCCUGCAUUCGAAAUUAUCGGGAUCGAGCCAAAUCUCUCCUCGAUGCAAGCCAGCAAGCUGGGCUGUGCCCUGUAUGCCGUUCUCAUGUCAAGUUCGAGUUCGUGCAACUGCAUCGGCGAGAUGUUGAUGCCGAACAUGAUGGGCCUGCUAAAUCCCAAGUAAAGGGAACAAAGAAGAAACUUGACAACUACAGCGGACCUCACACGAAGACCAAGGCUCUCAUCGAAGACUUACUCAAGUCAAAGGCUGACAGUGAGGCAAAUCCACAGGAGCCCCCGUAUAAAUCCGUGGUCUUUUCUGCAUGGACCUCGCAUCUUGAUCUAAUUGAAGUAAGCCUUCGAUCCGUUGGUAUUACGUUCACCAGGCUCGAUGGCACAAUGUCCAGAACAGCUCGCACCGCCGCAAUGGACAGUUUCCGGGAGGACAACAACGUUCACGUCAUUCUCGUUUCCAUCAUGGCGGGUGGGCUGGGCCUCAACCUGACGUCUGGAAACAAUGUAUAUGUGAUGGAGCCACAAUACAACCCUGCCGCCGAAGCACAGGCUAUCGAUCGAGUCCACCGCCUGGGACAAAAGCGGCCCGUUCGGACCGUUCGAUAUAUCAUCCAAGACAGCUUUGAGGAAAAGAUGCUGGAGUUGCAGGACAAAAAGAAGCGAUUAGCAAGUCUCAGCAUGGACGGCCAGAGUAAGACUCUGGACAAACGCGAAGCAGCGAUGCAAAAAUUGAAGGACAUUCGAAGCCUCUUCAAAUAG